AUGAGUGAUUUGGCAGAAAACAACGCAAUUCACACUGCUAUAGAUCAUAGUGAUGACAAUUCUGAUCUCCAAGCUCCACCUGUUGCUUCUGUACCUGAAACCAUCAGUUAUACUCCUCCUCAAACCCAUAUUAAUGCAUUUGGUUCUCCCAUUGUCCAUCAGAAUAUAAAUGAUGAACAAUACCCUAUCCAUAGAUCAGACACCAAUGAUACUUUAGAUAUUCAACCCAUAAAUAAUCUGACUUAUGCUAGUAGUGGCUCAUUCAUACAAAACCCUAAUGCAGAUUAUGGAAACAACAAUUCGGAUACUACCAAUUCAAAUGUUGAUCAUAAUGGUCAUAAGAGAAUGUCUUCUAUUGAUGCCUUAAUAUCUAGAAUAGUACCUCCUGAAUCUGAAACCGAAUCAAUUCAAAACGAUGAAGAGACCCCUCAACAUCAUCAACUUUUGGAUAAUGAUGCUCCUUUGGCUGAACUGAGUGAAUUCGAUGAAACGGAAAUUCAUUAUGAGAAUGAAGAACAUCCAAUAUAUCAACAAGAGUCACAAGAGGCGUAUGUGCAAGAAAGUGUGAUUGAUCAAUCAGAAGAUCCCAUUACUUUAGUAGAAGACAAAAGAACAAGUGAAUUACAACAAUACAUACCGGAAAAUGUCAAUACUGAAGAUCUUUUAAAUAAUGAAUUUGAUCCAUUAAGAGAAGAGGAUGAAGAGCCAUUACAAUUAAACCAGCAACUUCCAUCUGCAGACAUUAAAAACAGUCCUUUACCGUGGGAAAAUCAAGGUGAUGAAAAUGAUGAUUUCUUUAAUAAUUUCCAUCAAUCUCACUCAAACAACCAAGAUCCAUAUGGAAAUGAAGUAGAGGUUAAUCAUAAUCAUGAAACUGAGAAUGCUGAACAAAAUCGUUAUUUUAUCCACGAAGAAAAACCUGAAGUUGAUGAAGUACUUAAUGAUGACUUUUUCAAUAAAGUUGAACAACAAAAUCAAGAAGCCUUAACCAUUCCCCCAUCUGGACACGAAGAUGACUUCUUUAAUCAAAUCCAACAAGAUAAGGUUGUACAACCAACUUUCAAUGAUGAAUUAUUUGACCAGAAACGAGAUCAUGUUGAAGAAUCAAAGAUCAAUGAAGAUUUUUAUAAUCAAAUUCAACAGCCACAAGCACAGGAGUCUGUGGCCGAUGAAGACUUCUUUAACCAAAUUCAAGAAUCAGAUCCCCAACCAUCUGAAGCUGAACCUGUCAUUGAAACUGAACUUGAAGCUCCAUCUCAACCAGAACCAACAGCCGCAAAAAGUCUAGAAGACUUAUUUGAUGAUGAUCAAGAUUUCUUGCAAGAUUUAGUUCAAGCUCCAAAAUCUGGAUCAGCUCCACCAUUAGAAAACAAACUAGAAGAUAUUUUUGCAAAACUUGAUUUAGAUGACGAUUUAUUGUUAGAUGAUGAUCUUUUAGAAGAUGAUACAGUGAUUCAUAAUGAAGUUGCGAAGCAACCUGCUCAAGCUCCAGCCGCUAAACAUUCUUACGCUCCAUCUACUCAACAACAUUCCCAACAUCAUAAUUUGUAUGAAGCUCCAGUCACUGGUCCAGAUAGUUCUAAAUAUUUGAAGCUGUUAGAAACUAAUAAAAGGAAGCACGAUGCUUAUGAUUUCCCUGGUGAAAUGAUUUCAACGUCAGUCAAACCAGCCCCAAGACAUCAACUCACUAAUAAAUAUGCCGCUCCUACUAAUACUGCUCCGGCCAAUACAGGAGUUCUACCACCGGCUACUAAGUCCAAUUCACAAGCAGCUACCUUACCCCCACCACAGGUUCGUAUUGUCGCUCCUGCAAAACAAGACUUACCAUCUUCAACUUCAAUGUCACCCCCUCUUGUUAAGCCUGCACCAGCCAAAUCGUUUUUUGAAGAGUUACCAAUUGUAAUGCCCAAACCUGCCGCAAGAGCUGCUCCAGUCAAGGCAGUGAAUGUUCCUCAUAUUCAAAAAUCCCCCGUUGCACUUCAAACUCAACCAGCCAAGCCACCACCAGUUAAUCCUUAUAAACCAAGUGGUCAGACACCAACCCUUGCAAAUACUACUACCACUUCAGCUUAUCCAGCUCGGAAACCACAAAGUAGUCACUAUGCUCCUCCAUCGCAAGAACAACCCCCAAUCAGUCAAGGAUAUCAAGCAUCAACAGCUCAGUCAAGGUUCAUUCCUCCAACUCAAUCGGGCUUGGCUCCACCUCCUUUACCUCAAGUGCCACCUAAGCCACAACAAAUGCAACCAUUUCCAGGCGUGCCUGCUCAACCUGUUCCAAUUAUCCAAACUCAACCACCGACAUCUUCUAGUUUUGGUACGCAUGUGAUGCCAACUUUAAAUACCAAUGUCCCAAGAUCUCAAGGUGGUACGGCUACAAGUCCAUAUGUUCCAAAUGCUGGACCUUAUGGACCAAGCCUGCAAGUUAAAACUCAUUCAAGAGCUAGCUCUUUGGUUGGUGCUAAAGGUAAAGAAGUCAAUCCAUAUGCGCCUGCAUUAGCCCCGGUUAGUGGUGCUCUUCAUCAUCAAGCUCAAGCUCAAGUUCACCCAACUGUUCCUGGUGUUGGUAGAGUCCGUGUUGGGUCAAGUGGCAGAGGAAGUAUUUAUACAAAACCUCAACAACCAGCUGCUAAGGUUAUCAACCCUGAAUUAUUGAAUCAAAGACAAUUUCCAAUUUUUAAUUGGAGUCAUUCUCAAAAUGUUUGUCUUUUGAUUCCGAAUGUGUCUACUAGUGCUUAUGAACACCAUCUUGGAGAUACUAUUAAAGUUGUAAGAUCUGCUGCAGUCAUAAGACAUCCUGAUUCAUAUUCUACUUUCCCUGGUCCAUUAAUCAAAGGUAGAACCAAGAAGAAGGAUCUUGAAAAAUGGUUAGAGAAAAACAUAGAAGUGCUAUUUAAUAAUCAGACUUCACCUGAAUUGCUUUUGAAUAAGAUUCUUUUAAGCUUAGUAAGAUUCGACGGUGAUUAUCAUUCUCCAGCUUUAAAGAGAGAAUUAAGUCAAUCUUUGAAUCCAAUCGUUGAUUAUAAUGCUAGUACUGAAUUUCAACCAUCUAUGAAAAUUACUGCCAACGCUUAUAAAUUAGAUACAUCUGGAAUUAAUACUGCAUUCAGUCUUAUUCAAGCUGGUAAUAUUGAAAAAGCGAUUGAAUUUACUAUUUCUCGUGGUGAUUGGGCGCUUGCUUUGGUUCUCGCUAACUUCAUGGGACCCGAAAGAUUUGCAAAAGUUGCAGGAGAUUUUGCUAGAAACAAUUUCCCCUUCCAAAAAUCAAAUAAUAAAGUUCAGCAUUUAAUGCCAUUAUUAUUAAAAGUUGCUGCUGGUAAUAUUAAGGGUGUAAUUGAGGAUUUGUCGGCUGUACCAACAGAAGGCGAAUAUGCAAAUAUUCAUUGGCGUGAAUUUGUAGCAGCUGUUUUGGUUGGAGGUACUUCGAAGACCCAGGAAUUUUUAGCUGAGUUUGGUAAAUUCAUUGGUCUGACUGGAAACAACUGGGCAGCUGAAAUAUGUUUUGCUUUAGCGGGUUUACCAUUAUCACAUGUUCCAAUUCCAAAUAGUAACAUUACUUUUUCAUAUCUUGGUUCAGAAUGCAGUAAUUCGAUGUAUACUGAGGUUUAUGAAUAUAUUUUAACGAUCAGUCCAAACACUAAUAUCGCGCCAGUUGGAUUCCCACAUUUACUACAAGCAAAACUUAAGCAUGCUACAAUUUUAGCAGACUUGGGAUUUUACGGAGAUUCUCAGCGUUAUACUGAUGCAAUUAAUAAUAUAAUAAAAUCAAUUGGCAAUAGAUCUUCAUUCAUUAAUGAGAAUCUUAUACAUGAAUUUCAAAAUUUGAUUCUUAGACUUUCAGAAGCUGGUGCUGAAGACCUGGGAUGGUUUGGUGCUAAAAUCAGUAAAGUUAAUCUUGAUAAAUUAUGGUUUCAAAUUGAUAAAUUCAUCGGCGGAGAAGAAGCUAAACCAAAGGGUGGCGAAAAUGGAGUAUUCAGUAAGUUCAGUCCAUCAGUUUCAAGAACUGCAUCUACCUUGGAUUUUGGUGUUUUGAACGGGAAAUAUCAGCUGCCUCAAAUUCAUGCACCAUCAAAUUUUACGUCUGCUCCUUCAACUUCAUUUGGUGAUACUUCAUUUGUAGCACCUUCUAGAGGAAGUGUUACUCAAGAAAUGAGAAACGCAGUUCCUCCUCCUAUGGUGCCAUUGCCGUCUUCUGCAAGUGUAUCCAAAUAUGCCCCAAAACAUGCAUCAGCAGCUGUUAGUCCACAAUUAGGUCAUCUUUCAAAUCAAGUAUUUGCUCCGGCAAGUGCUCCUCCGAUUCCCCAAUAUAAUAAUAACAUAGAAGGAAGUGAAUCGAUAGUCUCUACUCCACCAAUAAAGAGAGGAUCGGGUAGAUAUACUCCAGGUAUUCCAGGUCAAGUAAGACAAAGUGUUGCAUCUAAUGCCAAUUAUCCAUAUUUGAAUCAAGCUGGUCAUAUCUCAUCUUCAUCAAUCGGUUCACAGCUUGCUAAUCCAUCAAUCAGUCAAACUCCGACUAAUUAUGCAAAAAGACCAUCAGUUACAAGUGUAUUAUCUACGGAUAGUUUUGCGCAUACUAAUGUUAAUCACAAUGAGCAAAUACGUGGUCCUGAACAUGUUCGUUCUCCAUCAGUUCAAAGUGAUAUCAGUAUAGAUUAUCCUCAGGAAUUCAAAUCAACUCCAAGGAGAACUUUUGUGGAACCAGCAACUUUAACUUCACCGGAGAAAGAUAUUCCUGAAACUAUCAAAGAGUCACCGGAACUUAAAGCUAGUACAAGUAGCAAUGAUCAUAGAAAUAGUUAUGAAGGUAACGCAACAAGUGCUGCACAUCCUCCUGUUCCUCAUCUUUCAUCAGUUUCUGCUGAGAUUCUUGCCCAAACUACAGUUGAAGAUGUUCCAGCUAAUCUUGAUGCUUCUAGAUCACAACAUUCUGGCGAUGCUACUACUCCAGCUCCACCAGCUCCACCUCCAAAGGCAUCUACGGUAAGAAAACCUGCAGUAAAGGCCAAUCCAUAUGCCCCAGGAGCUUCAAAGAGUUCGACUGCUAGGAAGAGUAAAUAUGGUCCACCAGCUGGUUCUACUUCUAAAUAUGCUGCACCAGCUGGAGCUUCUACAUCUAUCGAAGAGCCAGUACCGGAGACUUCUAAUUCAAAUUAUGUUGAUAUGUAUAGUUUUGGCGGAUAUAAAGCUCCUGUAACUGAAAACAAGGGUGCCAAUAACGAUGAACCAGAUCAAGAACAAGAGCAAGUAUCUGUUCAACCAACCGUUAGAAACAAUUCAACUGGGUAUGAACCAUCUCAGCCUCAUAAACUUGAUCAGACUUCAAUUGUCGAACCAUCUCACAAUCAACCACCUCAACAAAGAAACUUCUCGCCAUAUACUGCUCCACAAUUCAGACCACCUACCAAGAAUAUUCCAAAUAUUGAUGAUAGUUUUGAUCAAGAAGCCAAUGAUUCGGGUAUAAACAAUAGUGGUGAGUAUACAAAGAGUCCAAAGAGUAGACAUCCGUUAAUGUUGAAUAAUAGAGAUAAUAAAUCUGAAAUUAGGGAAUCAUUGUUUAAUCCUUAUCAACAAGGCGAGUCUUCGAAUACUAAUAGUAAUAGUAAAUUCUUAGAUUUCCCUAUUCCAGGAUCUCCAGAUUAUACUACUAGAGCUAACUCAGUAGUUGGACAACCAGGAUUAUUUUCAUCGAGAUUAUCACAAUCACAACAAUCUGUGUUAUAUCAACAAUAUGAAGUUGAGGAUGAUACUGUUAAAGAGUAUGUAGCUAUGAUUGAGGAAGAUGAAGAAGAUGAAGAAGAUGGAGAUGCUCAAGCUGCUAAAUUACAAAAAGAAAAAGAAGAAGCAGAGAAGAAAGCAAAAUUGGCGUCGGAAGAAGCUAAGAAAAAGGCGGAUGAAGCUGCAGCUAAAAGACAGCCAUCUGCGGGAGGAGAUCAUAAUCAAAGUGGUUGGUUUGGAUGGUUAGGUAAAGAUGAUGGUAAACCAAAACCUAUCAGAGCUAAAAUGGGGAAGACUCAAAAUCCAUUUUAUUAUGAUGAGAAGUUAAAGAGAUGGAUUGAUAAGUCAAGACCAAUUGAAGAACAACUGCAACAAGCUGGUCCACCACCACCACCAGUUUCUAAAAAGGCUAAGAUUGGUAGUUCAGGUGCUCCACCAAAGGCUGGAGGUUCAACAUUAUCAACGCCACCAAUUGGAGCAGGUCCACCACCGGGAAUUUCUUCAUCUUUACCUCCAACUACAGGUAAUACCCCAGCUCCACCAUCAUCUAGUGCUCCAAGUUUAGCAAAUGCGGGUUUAGAUGAGUUAUUAUCAUUAGGAGGUACAUCAUCAGUAGGAGGAAGUAGAAGAGCUAAGAGGGGACCAAGACGGAAUUACGUUAAUGUCAUGGAAAAAUAA